AUGGCGUGGAGAUUACUGCUUUCAACCCACGCACAAAGCAAUACCACCCAAGCUCAAAGGCAAGAAGAAGAAGGGUGGGACCCCGAACCACAGCCGCCGGGAGGAAGGUUCAAGGUUGGCCGGGGUCUGCUUCUUUGGCCUUCUGAGGCUUUGGGAAUUGGGUCUGAGAGCCCAGGUCGUUGCCAGGUGAGACCAGUAGUAAUCCCAAAGCCCCAUAUGAAAGAUGCUGCACGCGAGCUGAGGUACUCGAUGCGAGCGAGGUCAGCAAGGGUGUCUUAUUAG